AUGAACAAUCAUGUACAAGAAUCGGCUAACAAUAAGCAAGAACCUACUAACGAAAAACCCACAAAUAAACAAGAUCAAGGGCUCACCAAUGAACAAAAUAAAGAAUCCACCAGUGAACAACUCACAGAUGAACAAGAACUUACCAGUGAAUUUGAAUUUAAUGAGGAUGAACUUUCUGACGAUGGAUAUGACAUGCAAUCGUUAUAUGUUCUUGAGGAAAAGGAGGGGUAUCGCAGAUUUACAUUACCUCUUAGUUCGUACUAUAGUUGGAUAGUUGAGGAGGAAAAAUCCAAAAGCAUAAAUUUUGUGAAAAAACAUGGAACCUAUAAGAAUAAAAAAGGAUCCUGGUCUGAAUAUUAUCUCUGUUCAUGCAUGGGUAGUAAGCAAAUAAGGAAUGAUCAUGAAAUUAUUUCUGAAAUUAGAAAGUUCGCCCAACAAGGGUUGUCUAUUUCGGCAAUUCAACAAUUAAUGAAAGCAUUGGAAGAAACAACAGAAAAAUAUUUUGUUUCAAAUGAAGUUGUUCCGAAGCGAGAUGAGCUACUCACAUAUGAGGACAUAUAUAAUAUAAUUUACAAAGAAAUUCAUAUGAAGUAUCGAUAUAGUGGUCUCGAGAUGAAUAGCAUGUAUGGAAAACAAAAAUUUAUGCUUGGAUUCCAUAUGCUUUGGCAAUUUAAGUUGUAUGAAAAAUAUCAUGAGCAUCCCUAUAGCAGUCAAGGUGUUCCAUUAGCAUGGUUAUUAACAGAAUCUCAAGACUCUGAAACAAUCAAGCUAUGGCUUCAUGCUUUAAAAGAGGAUAGUUGGAUUGACCCGGUAAAUGUAAUCUUGGAUAAUGAUGAUACAGAAAUUAGUGCAAUCCGAAAAGAGCACAAUGAUUUGUUUCAAGAUCUAAAUCAACUACUUAGUAUUUCUGAUAAAAGUGAGGUGAAUAAUGCUCUUAUUAAAUUUGAGCAAAAAUGGCAACAUACAGCUGCGAUACAAUAUUUUAAUGCUCAAUAUCGACAAAAAAAAG